UGUUAAAUUAACCAAUGACGAAUUUAUAAACUUCAAAAAAACGAAUUCAUCUAUUAUUUGCAGUACGUGAGGUCAUUUUUAUUCAACCUUCAGAGAAACAAAAAGGCUUGUAUCUAGACCAGUCAACCUCGAAAAAUCUAUCAAAUGUUUACUCUGCAGCUGAGAAUGAAGCUUGCCUUGUUGAUGGCUGUGGUACUUUUGGCCAGCGUUCGUAAUGGCGAACAAGCAAUUAUGUCAUGUCCUAAAAGUGAUUAUGCCUUGGAACUCACAGAUUUUCACAUAAUCGACCAAAAAACUGAUGCCGACUUACAUAAGCUAAAAGUUUAUCAGGAAAACCUGCUCGAAAUCACUGGAAGCCUAACAACUAACGUCCCUGUUAGCGCCACUUCAUUCACUGCCAAUGUACGGCUGAACUUGAACGGAGAACGAUAUUUUCUUGGUAUGCCAUUUAUUGUGAAUCAGCCCGUCGACUGUCCUGACUCACUCACUGCUUCAAGCAGCGAUCCAAAGCAAUGUGUGAUCACUGCUCUCUGUGACGGGUUGGCAGCGAUGUUAGGAGCAGCGGAGACAUUUUCUUGCGAACCAAUUUCAGGAGUGAUUUAUUUCCGUGCCUCUGAGCUGGCAGUGCCUCCAGUUAAACCGGGCGUAAUCCCAAGUACUGUGACGAAUGCCUGGAACCCCAAAGUGCAAAUCAAGAUCGAAAUUUACACUGAUGGAGGUACCAUGAUAAGCUGCAUAAGUAAGGAACUCUUGCUGGAUGUUAAGCCAUAACUUAUAACAUAGCCCUGUGAAUCCUGGGUGGAGCAAAGAAUUUUGGAAUAUUCACCACUUGAAAAAAGAAAGUAAAAUGAUUGUUGAUUCGUUGGAAAUAUUCGAAUUCAUUAGUCUUUCAUUCUCAGAAGUGAAUUUACGCCUUUCUUUACUUUCUUUUCUUUCAUUUGCUCAAAGCGACCUAAGUGUUUAAGGGGUUUGACACUGCUGGGUGCCUGGCCGGCAAUGACGUGGGGCUCAAGGAUGUAACAUAAGGUAAAAAAGUGUUAGGAUUUCAACGCUUCACUCAUAAGGACUCCAGUUCUUACAGUAGCUGAAGUAAAGAACACUGAAAGUUUAAAAACAAGCAAAAUACCUAGCUGCACGUGCGUUAUACAUUAACAUACAUUUCGUUUGCGUGCCCUCCAAAGCAACCGCGUGAAAUGACACAUUUCUGCGUAAUUUGUUUUUUUCUGUGUGUUCCUAGUUCUUAAUUGGAUGUUUUCUUGUGGACGGGUGACGUGCUUUAACACCAGGCCGAAAAGAGUACAAGUAAUUUUGAAUUCCUCUUAAAACAGGAACAUAGUGCUCUGAUUUAAAGGCAAACAGUCAGUAAUCUUCAUCCAAUAUCACUGCUAGUAGAAUGAAAUUAAAGUUAGUUUAUUGGAUCAGAGACUGCGUAUAAGUUUUUAGCGGUUGAUGAAAUCAACAUUUUCCUUCGCAAUCAUACUAAUAUAUAUGAAUACACUAACGGUUACUCUUUUCGUUCAUUUGUCGAUAACUUGCUUCUUUGUUGUGACCUUUUAAUUCUAUCAUUGCUGGCGGUAACCUUUCUCGUGUAGAACUGACUGAUAUCAGGCCUUUAUUGUUUCUGCAGCAUUUUGCCUUCACGUCAAGUUACUCCUCGAAUAUAUCUAAAAACUUCCGUUUUAAAAUGAUUAACUAGACAACUGUUUUCUUUCUCAGUUUCUGCGUCUUUUUAUUAAAAUCUCUGAUACUUUUAUAAUUCAACAAAUUCUCAAAAACUAAAAAAACAUUGAGACAAAAAAAUGUUUAAUUUUUACAAGUUCUUUGUUGACAUCUUAAGCUGGACAUUUUGCCACCAGGAAGCAAAACCCUUUUUCGUCUGCACAAAAUCCCUUGCUCCAUUCAAGAUAAAAACGAUGAUGUGAUAAAUUUUCACUGUUAACUGGUUCACUGUAGAAAGCUAGAAUAAAAAAAAAUACUUACAGCUAUGCAAUUAAUGCUUAGUGGAUCUUCUACUUUUCUAACGGCGAAUGAACUGAAAAAACUGGUUUUGCGACCGUCGUCAUGACAUCGGACGAUGCUAUAUCAUUUAGGAUUAUUACAGAAAGCAAAUGAUUUUAUGUAGCUUGUGACAAAAUCGUCUCCCACCUUCCGAUUAGGAAAUUUCCUGUCCUCUGGAAUAUAACUUCGUGGAUGCUUCGUCCUGCACUCACUUACAAGAGACAUGAGGGUGAUUUCAAUCCCCUUUAAACAAUAUAAGUUUCUCACACGCCCUCUUGGUCAUUUUACGGUCAAUAGCUAGCGUGAGAGGAUCUUAAAAAUGUUGGCAAACCGUUUACAAUUCAACGCUGUUAGUUCUCGAUAAGCCUAAUAGGUGACAGACUGCCUCUAAACAGGACUGCUUUGAAAGAUCGAGGUAAGAUGAAUUAGAAUAAACUGAAUUCGAUUAAUAGAAUACGCUUUAUUUCGCUUUGUUCAACGUACUUAUCCGGGUGGACUAAACAGGGUAAUAGUUCAAGAAUUUCAAGAAUUUCCCAAUGGAAUGGAGGUUAGUUAAAGGGUCUCUUUUUACACUUUUGUUUUGAGUAAUUGCAUGCAGUUAGAAGUUUACCAUGCCUUGGUGUUGGAUUGCUUUUGCCGAAAAUAAUUUCAGGUUCGCUCGCGCUUUAUCAACCAAAAAUCUGCCCUUGAUCGUUUUGGCUUUUGUGAGCAUAAAAAAAAAUUAUGUCAGUUCAGUUUUGACAUAUCUGUCUUGUUAUCGGUCUUGAAUUUCGUCAUAAAAUUAUCAAGAUGGUCAUUCGGCUGCCCCUUAUGGAUGCACAGUU